AUGGCAAAAUCAUAUUUGAAGACUGAAUUUCACAUGUUAAUGGAGAAAAUGGAGGCAGUUAAUGCUAGAGUGAAGAAUUACUUGGAAUUGGCUGGUUACGAUAAAUGGGCUAGAUCGUAUGCAUUUGUUCAUAGAGGAUGGACUUUAACUUCAAACAUUGCCGAGUCCAUUAAUGCUGCUCUAGUUUCAGCUAGAGAACUACCAAUGUAUGAUUUUUUGGAGGAAGUUAGAUUGAUGUUUGAAAGAUGGAACUGUGAAAACAGACAACAUGCGUUGUAUACUUUUACAGAUCUUAUUUAUAAAUUUCAAGAAAUUCUUCAACAGAAUGAAGCGGAGUGUACACGUAUGAAGGUUAUACCUGCAUCAGAGUACAUCUAUACAGUCCACAACAAGGAGAAACAUUUUAUUGUUUGUCUUAAGAAAAAAAAAUAUUUUUGCAAUGCAUUUCAAUUGGAUGAGAUAUCGUGUGUUCAUGCUUGUGCAGUUCUUGAUAGCAAGAAUUUCAAGAAGGGACCAUAUUGCUCUGAUCUAUACAAGCCAAAAACCGUCUUGAGAACAUAUGAUCUUUCAAUUUAUCCUCUACCACACAAAGAUGACUGGUGA